GCCGGUGUCUAUAUAUAGCCAAGCACCUAAUGGGCUAGAUAUUCAACUUCAGUUCCACGAAGAACAUUCCCACCUUAUCUGAAAAUACACUCAGAUCUAGCAAAAUGGCAGGGAGUACUGUAUGGCUUACACCUUGGGGAGGAAAGGGUGGAAACACAUGGCAAUUCAUAAUACCUGAUGGUGCUAGGAUUAUCAAGAUCAGUGUAAGAAGUGGAGACAUUCUAGAUUCCAUCUGCCUCACUUACAAGGAUGAGUCUGGCUACAUUUUUUCUGAAAGAUACGGUGGCAAUGGUGGCUCACUCCAUAAUAUUGAAUUCGCUGACGAUGAGAACCUCAUCGGGAUUAGUGGACGUUUUGGAACAUUUCAAAACUUAACGGUGAUUACGUCAUUCUCUUUUCAGACCAACAUUAAAACUUAUGGGCCAUUCGGCUUAAAAGGGGGGACUGAUUUCUCAAUUGGGCUGGCAGAAGGUAAGUUUUUUGGAUUCUAUGGAAGGAGUGGGAGUUACAUAGAUGCUUUGGGUGUCAUUCUUCAGCCGUAAACAUGAUAUAUGGCAGCAUGCAUGUAUUUUAUAGGUUUUAAGAUCGUAUCUAGUCGUUUCUUCGAUGUUAGACUAUAAAAAUAAGGUCGCAUUCGAAGUUACAGUUACAAUAAGCACACUUGUUGUGCAUUUGGUUCUUUCAUGUACCCCUUGAAGCGUCUAAUUAUAAAUGG